UUUCGUACCUUUAAGCGGUUUCUCUCUCUCUCUGUCCCUACAGCUUCUACAGUCCGUAGCUGAUUUUUCUGUAACCGGUUCACUUUUACAUGGCGGUCCGUCACUCUGCGUCUCUCAUCGGCCCUGCUGUGCUGCUAAUUGUACUAUUGUUAUUUGAUGCUAGUGGAGGAGGUCGAGCUGCUAGGCUGGACCGUUGGGAUUCAUCGAUUCGAAUGCCAACAGAGAAGGAUGAACCGGAAGAUCCUGACAAAGAACUUGGCACCCGAUGGGCGGUUCUCGUGGCUGGUUCGUCUAGCUACGGAAAUUAUAGGCAUCAGGCGGACGUAUGUCAUGCGUAUCAGUUGUUAAAGAAAGGUGGGCUGAAAGAGGAAAACAUAGUAGUUUUUAUGUACGAUGAUAUUGCAGCCCACACAUUGAAUCCGAGACCUGGGAUCAUCAUAAAUCAUCCGCAAGGUGAUGAUGUAUAUGCUGGAGUGCCUAAGGAUUACACUGGUGUGCAUGUCACUGCAGAAAAUCUGUAUGCAGUGCUUCUGGGUGACAAGAAGGCCGUGAAAGGUGGAAGUGGGAAGGUUGUAGAUAGCAAACCUAAUGAUAGGAUCUUUUUGUAUUACUCUGAUCAUGGAGGCCCAGGAGUUCUGGGGAUGCCAAAUAUGCCUUUCCUUUAUGCCAUGGAUUUUAUCAAUGUUUUGAAGAAAAAACAUGCAUCUGGAACCUACAAAGAGAUGGUCUUGUAUAUUGAAGCAUGCGAGAGUGGGAGUGUCUUCGAAGGCAUAAUGCCCAAAGAUCUUAAUAUAUAUGUAACAACAGCGUCAAAUGCACAAGAGAGUAGCUGGGGAACUUAUUGUCCUGGCAUGGAACCUCCUCCUCCUCCAGAGUACCUCACUUGCUUGGGAGAUUUGUAUAGUGUUGCUUGGAUGGAGGACAGCGAGACUCACAACCUCAAGAAAGAAACAAUAGAACAACAAUACCAGUCGGUAAAGAAUCGUACCUCCAAUUUCAACAUUUCCAAUGCUGGGUCUCACGUGAUGGAAUAUGGAAAUAGCGGCAUCAAAGAUGAGAAGCUUUAUUUGUAUCAAGGUUUCGAUCCUGCCACUGUGAACUUCCCUCCAUAUAAUGGCCAUCUGCAUUCUCGCAUGGAAGUUGUUAACCAGAGAGAUGCAGAGCUUAUCUUCCUGUGGCAGAUGUACAAAAAUUCAGAAAAUGGGUCAAAACAGAAGGAAGAAAUUCUGAAGCAAAUCACAGAGACAACGAGGCAUAGAGCUCAUUUAGACGGGAGCAUGGAAUUGAUUGGAUCAUUUCUAUAUGGACCACAUAAAGGUUCUUCCAUCCUUAAUUCCAUGAGAGAAUCCGGUAUGCCGCUUGUCGAUGAUUGGAGAUGCUUGAAAUCAACGGUUCGGUUGUUCGAGACAUACUGUGGCUCAUUAACACAAUAUGGUAUGAAACUGAUGCGUGCCUUUGCCAACAUUUGCAACAGUGGUGUUUCCCAGACCUUGGUGGAGGAAGCUUGUAUGGCUGCUUGUAGUGGCCAUGAGCCGGGCCAAUUACAUCCUGUCAAUCUAGGUUAUAGUGCUUGAUUGCAUAAUAUGAUGCCAGUCUUAGUUAUAUGGUAAAAAGCCCUACACUUUCAAAAUGAUAAGUUAUCCUCGUUUAUAAAUA